ACUGAACAGCCAAAGCAAGUUUGCCAUGGUGGGCGCUCUUCCGCCCAAGGAGCAUGUCGUCACCCGCGUGCCAGCUUGGGAACAGGCCGAGGAGCUGGUGGCCCUCGACCGGCUGCGGUUCCAACACCUGCAGCGGGUCUUCCGGGGCCACAGGCAGCGAGUGGAGAACGCGGAGUCCCACUACGACGUGGAGGAGGUCGAAAGGCAGACGGACAUCCUGCACGCCCGAUCAGAGGCCAUGCGACUCUCGCGUGCCAAGCGCAGUAGAGAGGCGGACAACAGCCUGAAGCGCGACAACCAGCGCUUGGUAGAGCGCCUCUGCGUGGUGAUGAGGGAGUCCGAGGGUCGGCAGCGGCAGGUGGCCGUGCCAAAGCCGCCCGGCACGGCGCCCGCAGGUUCAUUGAAUCUGAGCUUCCGCCGAAAGGCGGCGAGGCGCAUUGACCAGGACAACAAAGUUCUUCUGGACCGGCUAAUUCGCAUUGGUCCCACUGUGAACACUCGCUCAGAGCUCGAGUCGCGCUACCAGGUGUACACGCAGCUGGUGCAGAGGCAUUCCAGACUGCGACGUCCCUUGGAGAAGGCGGAGGUGUUCAGGAUUUCUCCACCUGGGCAGUCCCAGCGCAGUCGAAAGCCGAAGGAGGCGAGACCGCGAGGGCAAAGCUCUGGAAGCGGUUCCAGAGAGGAGCCUGCGAACACAGCGGAGGCUUCGACGCCAGAGCCGCUCCACAGCGCAAAGCAGGCAGCUCACAAGGAGCUCCAAGAAGUGAGUCAGCAUGUCUUGCAGAAGAUGCAGAACGAAGCUGAAGCGAGCGAAGGAGCUGAGCUGACCGAGGACGCGAGGGCAAGCCCAAAGCCUGAGACGCCAGAGCCAGUGCGGCAUGCGAAGCAGGCAGCGCGGAAAGAGCUGGAGAGGGUGAAUAAGUACGUGCUCGACAAGAUGAACCAAGGAACUGAGGAGACUGAGAGGUCCAGAUCGGACUUCGAAGAGGAGGUGUCCAAAGAGCUCCUAGAGCACGCAAAUAGACAGACUGAAGAAAGCCAGGACGACUACGACGCGGACUACGAGGCGGAGACGGACUACAGCGACGUCUUCGAAGCGGAGGCCUCCGGUAGCGAGGCGCCGACCUCGCCGGCCAAGUCCCCGGCAAAGGCUGCGGCGCGGAACCGCGCGGCCUCCAGCGCCUCGGCGGCCUCGGCGGCCUCCCGCGCCUCCGGCUCGCUGAGGCCCGAGGAUCGGGCAGGAUCAACUCUGGAAGAGGGCUCCGAGCCAGACCGGACGCUGGAGGAGUUCGAAGACGCCAGCGACUCGCCGGACUCGCCGGGCUCUGACUUGCCUCCCGAGAGUGAGGGAUCCGAGCAGUUUGAGAACGAGUCGGCGCCAGAUGUCGAGAACGCCAGCGACUCUGCGCCCCCGGACGUGGAGAACGCCAGUGAGUCGCUCCCGGAGUUCGAGAAUGCCGAGAAUGCCGAGACACCCCCCGCAAACGCGGGGGAGCAAGAGCCAGUGCUCGAGAACAGCGAGCCCCCGGAGUUUGAGAAUGGCAGCGAGUCAAUUCCACCUGAGCCGAGAGGGUCCACCCCGCGAGACUUUGAGGAUGCAAGUGAGCCAUCCGAAUCAGCCGUGAAGACGAUCAGACAGCCGAGUGAUCCUUAUCCCCCCGAAUUUGAGAAUGCAAAUGACUCAUUUUUGCUUGAAGGGGCUGGGGCAUCUCAGGAGUUGGGGGAUAAGUCUCCCUCAGCAGUGAAGACGAUCAAGCCGGCUGUGGAGGAGGACGUGGGUCAGCCCACGGUGAAGCUCCAAACCGAGCCCCGGGCCCCCUCCGCCACUGGCUCCGCCACCGGCUCCGCCACGGGCUCCGCGUCCGGGCGCUCGGGGAACCCGACGCCGCCGCUGCCGGAGACGGCGACCUCGGGCCUGGGCUCGGUUCUGGGCUCCACGCCGGCGGUGACCCGCGGCUGGUCCGAGGAGUUUGAGGGCGAGAGCGACCGCUCGCCGCUGGCCAUGGAGCGCCAGCCCGGCAAAAACGACGAGGAGGAGGAGGCGGAGGUCAGAGGGGUCCGGGGAGUGAACCGCUUCCAGCCGGAGUUUGAGGACCUGGACGUGCCUUUGGACGACCAUCGGGACGACCGGGACGACCGGGACCGCCAGGAUGGGCGCCAGGAUGAGCGCCAGGACCGGCAGGAGCGCCAGGGUGAGCGCCAGGGUGAGCGCCAGGAGCGCCAGGACCGCCAGGAUCGGAACUUCCUCAGCCCGGAUGGGCUGGUCGAGCCGACCAGGACAGUCAGCCCACUUCUCGCCAGCUAUGACGACGAGAACAUUUUUGAGGACGACUCGGGAGAGUCGCUGAACUUUAACGGGACCUGAUUGAGUGUCUGCCAUCGGACCUAUGUGGUUGAAUUGGCUCAGCGUUGGCCAAAGCAUGGGGAGCUUAACCCACUGCCAACCGAGAGCUCGCGGGAACGCUUUGGGCUAAAUGGAGCCUGAGGGCGCACUUCCGACUCCUUUCCCAGAUCUGUUUUUCACAUGCAUGGUCAAAAGACCCCCGUUUCUGCUUGCUAGGG